CAUCAAAACAGACCCCGCAGCGAGCCUUGGAGAGUGACUCGCAGCGCCCCACUCGACAUAGCCCGCGAAUCCAGACAACUGACGCAGAUGCAAUUGACCAAGAGAGGCUCACCAGGCCAGACAGUCGCUGCUCAUGGGGCCUGUCGCGCCCGGAACCGCUUCUUGGCAAGCCUCUUUGUCGAGGGGGAGUUUACAUGGGCCGCCUACCCAAUCCGAUUCAUACCAGCUUGUAUGGCUAGCAUGAUCGGUACCCUGGCCUGGUGCUGGGUCACGCAUGGAUGGCAGCCGCGGACGCGCACACCCGCCGACCAGGCUGUGUGGUGCAGAAGCAGCGAGACUGAGGAUCUGUUGCUUGUGAAGAAGCGUCUUUGGGCCGAGUGAGUGUGCUGGACCCUUGUGACGUCAGUCACUAGUCACGCCACACCUUGUCCACCUCAUACUCUCAAUAGUCGUUCGUAGCUGUGACAC